GGGAUAACGAGAAGGUCAGGUGUGCAUCCUACAACUUAACGAUGAGUGCGAGGACCUGGUGGGAGACAGUGAAACAGAGAGUCAAUACCGCUACCAUGACAUGGGACCAAUUUUCCAGGGAAUUCAAUGAGAAAUAUUUGAACCCUAGCAGGAUGACCAGAUAUUGGGAUGAGCUCCAUGACUUCACACAGGAGUCGAUGGAUGUGUUGGUGCUAGCAGUGAAACUUACAGAUCUCUUACAACUAUGCCCCACCGUAGCUCCCACCGAAGCAGAUAAGACCCGAAUAUUUCUGAAGGCAUUGAGGCCAGAGAUAGUUGUCCAUGUCAGGAGGGGCAACACGACUCCUGACACAUUGACGGAGUGUGUUAACAUUGCUACUCAAGUGGAAUACUAUGUGCCAGCCAAACAGCCAAGUGUGGAAUUAAUGGAGCUAUCACGAAAGCAGCGAAGAGGAUCUCAAUCCCUACCUUCUUCUCAUCUUGGUAUGGAAUGCGGUGAUGAAUGGGAAAAGUUGGGUUUCUCUUGAGAGUCAAGGAAUAAAUGGGGUUGCUUGAACAAAUAUGCUGGACAUUGCGAAAAUCUUCUACACCAUCGCUCAUUGUCCUCACUAGACUACUAGAGGUAGAGUUGUCUAAUGAGCCCCAUGUGGUAGG